GAGACAGACCAACUUCCUUGAUCCGGCAAGCGCGGUGCUACAGAGGAUAGCGGAAGCAUUGCAGUCGUGGACUCCUCCGUUAGGUGGCGAAAUGUCGCUAGCGCGCUUCUGCUGGGAAUGUCACUCUGUAUAUGGAGCUGUCGGUGUAACCUGACGCUUCAGGACAUACUUCCCGAUGACCCUCGACAGUAUGACAAGACAUCGCCGCCCAAGAAGAAUGGCCGUCCAACUGUUGUGCUAUUUCACGUGACGGUCAUGAGCUUGGAUUCUAUUGACGAAGAAUCCAUGACGUACGCGGCGGACAUUUUCUUCUCACAGUCGUGGAAGGACCAUCGGUUACGGUUGCCAGACAACAUGACGGCUGAGUACCGGGUGCUAGAGACCGACUGGCUGGAGCGGGUGUGGCGGCCCGACUGCUUCUUCAAGAAUGCCAAGCAGGUCACCUUCCAGACGAUGACCGUGCCCAACCACUACAUAUGGCUCUACAGGGACAAGACCAUCCUCUACAUGGUCAAGCUCACCUUGACGCUGUCCUGCGCAAUGAACUUCGCCUCCUACCCACACGACACGCAGACUUGUUCAUUGCAGAUGGAAAGCCUGUCACAUACAACAGACGACCUGGUAUUCGAGUGGAACGAUCGAGAUCCACCCGUGGUACACACCGAUUUUCACCUGCCUCAGCUCGACCUAGAGUACACCGACCCACAAGACUGUACGGAGUCCUACUCGACAGGUAACUUCACCUGCCUCCAGCUCACGUUCAAGCUGAAGCGACGACUGGGCUACUACAUGUUCCACACCUACAUCCCCACCUGCCUGAUUGUUGUCAUGUCCUGGGUCUCGUUCUGGAUAAAGCCGGAGGCUGUGCCGGCAAGGGUGACGUUGGGCGUCACCAGCCUCCUCACCCUGUGCACGCAACACGCCAAGAGCCAGGCCGACCUGCCUCCCGUGUCGUACAUCAAGGCCAUCGACAUCUUCAUGUCCUCCUGCACUGUGUUCGUGUUCGCCUCGCUCAUGGAGUACGCCGUCGUCAACGUCAUCCUCGAAGACGGCUACAAGCACUUCGAUGUAGUGCGAAGACGUGGGGAUCUGGAUAAUCCGUCCGAGCCAAGCUGGAGAGAACAAGGCCGACUUCGGGCUCUGCUCAUCGACAGAGUGUCGCGCGUGGUUUUUCCCACGAGCUUCGUGUUUCUGAACGUCUUCUACUGGUUCUUUUACGUAGUCUUCGCGCGACGCCAGUGCAUCACCGCAAACACGACGACGGAGCCUGACAUGCAAUGCUAUCGCACAGCUACUAGAGAGAGUCAGCGCGUCCUUUAUACGCGUGUAUAUAAAGCAACAGUGUUAUCGGAAUGCAUGGUUGCCCCACGACGGUUGUGACACCUUGCGAAACUUCAUCUAACCGCAAAUUUCAGACUUGCAUCUUUAUUGUGAGAGAAAUUACGUAGAUACCCAAGGCGCAAAUACGCCGUAGCCGAGUGGUUCCGUAUCAGGUCUAAGGGCGAUAACAUCGCCUCACGCGUCGUGUGUUAUAACUACUAGUUAAAUUGUGUGAGUGCAGCUAUCGAUCGCGACAGCAACGGAAAGGAAACGCACCGGAUGUCUCCGUCAUGUUUUACUCUCAGCUGACGUCACUUUCCUGGCUUCGUGUUCACUGAGACUAGUUGGUGAAAUGUUGCAGCCUACCAUGACGCACUAUUUGACGCCCUAUAUGACGCACCAUGACGCGACUUAGCUGACAGUAUGGGUAUUGCGCCGCUUCAUGGUUUCUUUUAGGCACGUU